AAAGGGUUUCUCCAGUAUUCUGCCUUGCCUGAGGCCCAAGUUCUCUAAAUCUGGCUAGUGCCCUUUCUAUCCCAGUACUGCCUCCCAGAACCUCUCUCCCUCCCUGAUUCUUUCAGAGUCUACAGGGAACAGGAAGAAUGUAUUUACUGACAAAAUGCGGGAAGAAACUGGUUUUUGGAAACCUGGUUCUGAUCAAUUUGGCUCAUAACAAAGCAGAGAGAUAUUAAGGCCGGAUCACAGCCCAGACUGGAUGGCACAGCCACCCGUUUCUCCACUUUCCCCCCAACUCUCCUCAUCCAUUUCUGUCCUCACUUCCAUCCCAGGCAGUAAAGUCCCUUUUCAUUUUAUUUCUAUCGGCUAUUCCAUCUACCCUUGCCCCCAGCCCCGCUAUAUCAGGCUCUAUGUCUCGUUUCCUCUGAACCCCGAGACUUGCAGGCCUUGCCUCUACUCCGCCUGCCUCUGUGACAGUCCCCACUUACAGCUUCCAAGGAACCCCAGGGUUCCGCCCGCCCAGCUUCUCCCAGCGUCUCCGCCCCCUGCCCCGCCCCCGGGCCGGCUCGCAGAGAAGGGGGAGCCUCUGUCGCCGCCGCCGCCUCAGCUUCCCACAGUCGCUGCCGCUGCCUCCGCCGCUCUGCCUGGUCCAACCUCCAGGCCCAGUGCUCUGACUUUGCCGAACCGAGGCGCUCUGCAGAGACAUCCUCACUCCUUCCUAGGGGUCCGGGACGCUUAGGCCGACGUUGGGGGGAAACCUCCGCUUGCGGGUGACAGGGAGGGAGGAGCCUGGAGCCGGAGCUCGCGGCACCGGUCGCCCGGAUCAACAGGACAGGACAGGUUGAGGGGCGUCGGGGAAAGGAAGGGGUGUUUAGCAGUCCCAGGGAGGACGAGAAAGCCCUGGCGCAGGGAGCUCUGAUGCGCUAUGACUUAUUAAGGGCCUGUUCACGUUUGAGGAGUGUUGACAACGUGGGUGCACUCCUCUCUGGGGGGGCCUUGUUAGAUUGGAGGGUGUGGGAUCUAAGCAGUGCCAGUUGUUCCUCGGGAAAUUUAAGGGGCAUCUAGAAAACAAACAGAAACGACUGAUGCUCCUUUUUGGGGGGCGACAGAGGGUCCUCCAGACAACCACCUGGUGUAUGCACUAGAAAGGGUUGAUUUGGAGGUGACUUCAAAAGGAGUGGAGGGUAGCAAGGUGAGGAAAUGGUCUCAGCAGCUGAAACUCUGUGGUACUAGAAAUGGGGGUGACAGUGAAAAAAAGCAUUUUCCAGCCAGAGGGUCUGGGAACCCCUUCUCACUGAACCUAGACAGCCUGGAUAUUGAGUCAUAUUUGCUGGGGGGCGGGGGGAUUUGAAGAAAGUGGGAGAUCCACUCCAUUUAGAGUAUAGCAAAGGAAAAACCAGAGCUGGGCUCCUCUUGACAUUGACAGCAGCCUAGCGUGAGCUAAUGCCCACAAAGCUUAGGACUUACACCCUUUAUGAGAGUAGGCUGGGCAAGAGCGGCCCCUAAAUAGGGUAGAAAGAAGCCUUAGGGUGUUGGGAACACAUCUUAGAAAUAGGAGGGUCUUGACUUCGGGAUAGAGGAGGCACCCUCUAUCUGGUACAGAGGCCAGAAAGGAGGGAAGGGGAAAGCUUUCAUUAGGGGACAAAAUUCAUGGGUGAGGUCAGCUGAGGAGUGCAUAGGCUGCUGGAGCCGCUGGAGCUAGUCAGGGCCCAAGGGUGGGAGCUGGUGGUGUGGGGGGGGGCAUACGGGGGUCUGGGAUUUAUCUUCAGAUCCUGUGGGUGGGGCGGUGGGUUGGGUCCUGAGCAUGCCCUGGUGAGAGGGCUCCUCUUGGGGAGCCCAGGGAGCUCCGGGAGCCUGCUGGUUUGGGGGUGUCUCCUCCCGGGGAGCGAUGGCGGCGUUGGCCAGUAGCCUGAUCCGACAGAAGCGGGAGGUCCGCGAGCCCGGGGGCAGCCGGCCCGUGUCCGCGCAGCGGCGCGUGUGUCCCCGCGGUACCAAGUCACUUUGCCAGAAGCAGCUCCUCAUCCUGCUGUCCAAGGUGCGACUGUGCGGGGGGCGGCCCACGCGACAGGACCGCGGCCCAGAGCCUCAGCUCAAAGGCAUCGUCACCAAACUGUUCUGCCGCCAGGGUUUCUACCUCCAGGCGAAUCCGGAUGGGAGCAUCCAGGGCACCCCAGAGGACACCAGCUCCUUCACCCACUUCAAUCUGAUUCCCGUGGGGCUUCGUGUGGUCACCAUCCAGAGUGCCAAGCUGGGUCACUACAUGGCCAUGAAUGCUGAGGGGCUAUUGUACAGCUCGCCGCAUUUCACAGCAGAGUGUCGCUUUAAGGAGUGCGUCUUUGAGAAUUACUAUGUCCUGUAUGCCUCUGCUCUCUACCGCCAGCGUCGUUCUGGCCGGGCCUGGUACCUAGGCCUGGACAAAGAAGGCCGGGUCAUGAAGGGAAACCGAGUCAAGAAGACCAAGGCAGCUGCCCACUUUGUGCCCAAGCUCCUGGAGGGUGGGUAUGGGCUCAAGAAAAGUGGCCAUGUACCGGGAGCCUUCUCUCCACAGUGUCCCUGAGACUUCCCCUUCCAGUCCCCCUGCCCAUUGAGAUGUAGCCCCUGGACUGGAGGCUCUCUGCACUUCCAGUGAGCCAGCCACCGCCACACCCCGUCUUCCAGCCCUGCUCCAGGCCUUGCUGCUCUUGCCCCUGUUGCCACACACAUGCCCUGAGCAGCCAGGUCUCACCAGGUGCUGUACCCUGUGGGAGCCUAGGAGCUCUCUGGGACCUCCAGAAUUGCUGAGCUCUUAGAUCCUGGGGCCCAGGAGAGGCUCCAAGAUGGAGGCGCUGGAAAUGAUCCUGGCUGGUCACCUCUCUUUUUUUCCCACACUAACUCCUGCCCCUUAAGAGAACCCCAUUUUUUCCUAAAAGGCACCGGGGUUCCAACACUGACAAGGCGAGGGAAUUCUCUUCACCCUGGCUGAGCCAGUCUCUGAAGCCAUGUCCUUCUUUUCAUUGCUGCAAAGCCAUAGCUUUCUAGGUCGGUCCACGGGCACCCAGGCUUCAUCUCCUCUCUCCUCUACCCUCUGUGUUGGUCUGGACAGGUUCUGAUACAGCUGGUCACUCCAGCCAGGCAGGGCCAUUCCAAUGCUCUGCGUUAGAAGCCAGGAUCCUUGACACUUCUAUCCUUGACCUAGAUGGACACCUCCCACCCCUAGGUUUUUGUUUUUUUGUUUUGUUUUUGUUUUUUUUUUUUUUUUUUUUAAAGAGGCUGAAUUUGAGCCUCCUAAUGUAGCUAUUGGCCUUAGUCUGAAUUGGAAGGAGUCUCAGGUCACCACAGGUUAAACCUUCUUAUCCCAGAGACACCCAAUUCCAGAGCAUGGUACUCUAGACCUUUGUGGAGCCAUACUUCCUCCUGAAUCUCAGCUCUAGGGCAUAGACCAUGACUCUCAACCCUUUUUCCCAGGAUAGAACUAGGGUCUGUAUAGCCAUAUUACUGUACUAGAAUAUGUUUUAAACCACCCUUCCACUUUCUCCAGUGAGGAUUUAAGCAUGAGCUAUGGCUAGAACUCAGCUAUGAUUAAUUAAGAACUAAUUUGUUCUGAGCUGUGCUUGGUGGCACGUGCCUGUAAUUCAGCACCUGGGAGGCUGAAUCAGAAUGGUUUUGAGUUAGAGGCUAUCCUGGGCUAAUAACAAAACCCUGUUUCAAAAGCCAACACACACACACACACACACACACACACACACACACACACACAGAGAGAGAGAGAGAGAGAGAGAGAGAGAGAGAGAGAGAGAGAGAUUACUAAUUAACACUGAAUGGAUCAAGAACCAUUUCUUGCUUUUCCUAGAUAAUUUUCUAAAAAUCGUCACUCCAGAAUACUAACCUUACUUUUUACAUGGUUUCUAGUUUCAGCAUUCCAAUUGGGGUUCUGCCAGGGAAACAAGAGUCUGGGGAAAGAUACAGGAAUUGUGGAACAAUAUACCUGACUCCUAUAGGGAAGCUGAGAGGGAGAAAAUGCCAUGGUAUGGUUGAACCUGUGUUCACUUAGCUACCUCAGCAGGAGUUCCUUCCAGAUCCCUUUUAAAGCUGAGGUCUUUCUUUCUGAUAUGGUGUGGUGCAUCUAUGAGGUAAAGGGAGGGGUGGGGGAAUAAAGGCUAGCCUGGGCUACAUAGUGAGUUCGGGGUCAGCCUAGGCUAUGUUAGACCCUGUCUCAAACAACAAAAAGCUGAGGUCUAUAAUGAUAAGAACUCUAGAAUUAAAAAGGACAACUAGGGACACAUCCUUGACUCCCCCUCACAGCAAAGAGACUCCCAACUCAG